AUGGUUGCAAAUUCUUGCAAUGACUAUAUGUCUCCAGAGUAUGCAAUUGACGGGAAAUUCUCUGUGAAAUCUGAUGUAUUCAGUUUGGGUGUGCUUUUGCUAGAAAUAGUGAGUGGCAAAAGGAACAGAGGUUUUCAUCAUCCUAAUCACCACCACAAUCUUCUAGGGCAUACAGGGAUGGAACUAAUGGAUGCAUGUUUGAAGGAUUCAUGUGUUGAAUCUCAAGUACAGAGAUGUAUUCAAGUGGGCCUAUUAUGUGUUCAGAAACUCCCACAAGACAGGCCGGCAAUGUCAUUUGUAGUGUUCAUGUUGGGAAACGAGGAAGCAAUAUUGCCUCAGCCUAAACAACCUGGUUUCUUCGUCAAAAGAAGUUCCAUUGAUACAGAUACUGCAUCAAGAAUUGAAGAAUUUUAUACGAAUGGUGAAGUAACCAUAACAAUACCGGAUGCUAGAUAG